UUCUAGAGGGGUUAGGGUUUGGAGAGUAGAAAACCUGCUAAAGAAAGCCAGUAAUCAAGGUAUUGAUGUUUAAAACGCAGACACCUGGCGAGCUUGCAGAAUUCACAAAGAAAACCGAAGUUAGAACGAGCAGGACGGCGGUGUGGCUGUGAGGAAGGAGGCUCGGCUGCAGGGCUGGCAAGGAGCACAGCAGCUGCCAUGGGGAGAAAGAGAAGCUCCCUGUGAUCCAGCAGAAAGCUGGGCUGCAGCAUGAGGAUGGCUGCACCCAGGAAAAUGCUCACGUGUACUGGGGAAUGGGAGUUGCCUUUACAAGUUUCACUCCACAUCAGGAAAUCUGAAAAAAUGGGAUUUUUACACCUCUCCAGCCAGCACUGAAAACGAAUGGGGAUUGAAUUGCUUUGCCUCUGUUUCCUAUUUCUGCAAAGAAAUAACUGUGUGCAAGGGACCUGUUCUCAGGAAAGAGCAGUGACUUGUGAAGAUUGUUUGCUUUCCGGACCACAAUGCGCUUGGUGUUUUCAAGAGAAUUACACAGACUCAACUGGAUUUCAUGGGAGGUGUGAUACCCCAAGGAACCUUUUGUCAAAAGGAUGCCAGUUGAGUUUGAUUGAAUUUCCCAUUUCAGAAGUAGAAAUUCACAGAAACAAGCCUCUAACUGUAGCAACCCAGAACAACAAUUCUGAUGUCACACAGAUUUCUCCUCAAAAAUUAAGCCUCUGGCUGCGACCAGGACAUGAAGAAACAAUACAGAUCAAGGUUCGGCAAACUGAAGAUUAUCCAAUUGAUCUCUAUUACCUCAUGGAUCUUUCAGCCUCCAUGGAUGAUGAUCUGAAUACAAUCAAAGAACUGGGUUCAACUCUUUCCAAAGAAAUGUCAAAACUGACAAGUAACUUCAGACUGGGCUUUGGAUCUUUUGUUGAAAAACCAGUUUCACCAUUUAUCAAAACUACAGCUGAAGAAAUAAACAACCCUUGUAGAAGUGUGCCAUAUGAGUGCUUACCCACCUUUGGAUACAAACAUGUUUUGCCACUGACAAAUGAUGCUGAAAAAUUCAAUGAAAUUGUGAAAGGACAGCGAAUAUCUGCUAAUAUAGACACUCCAGAGGGAGGAUUUGAUGCAAUUAUGCAGGCAGCUGUUUGCAAGGAAAAAAUUGGAUGGAGGAAUGAUUCUCUACACUUGCUGGUGUUUGUGAGUGAUGCUGAUUCCCAUUUUGGGAUGGACAGUAAACUGGCAGGGAUUGUUAUUCCUAAUGAUGGGAACUGUCAUUUGGACCACAACAAUGAAUAUUCCAUGUCAACUGUUCUGGAGUAUCCCACAAUUGGACAAUUAAUUGACAAACUUGUGAAAAACAAUGUUUUAUUAAUUUUUGCUGUAACAAAUGAGCAAGUUCACAUAUAUGAGAACUAUGCAAAGCUUAUUCCUGGAGCUACUGUUGGACGGCUACAGAAGGAUUCUGGAAAUAUUCUCCAGCUGAUCAUCGGUGCAUAUCAGGAGCUGAGAUCCGAGGUAGAGCUGGAGGUUUUAGGGGAUACAGAAGGGCUCAAUCUCUCCUUCACAGCCAUCUGUAACAAUGGGACCUUUUCUCCACAUCAGAGGAAAUGCUCUAAUGUGAAGGUGGGAGACACAGUCUCUUUCAAUGUGACAGUCAGCCUCUCCUCUUGCAAAAAAAACAGAAAGCAUAUUGUGAUAAAACCAGUGGGGCUGAGUGACACACUGGAAAUGGAGAUUAAUCCCCAAUGCAGCUGCAACUGCCAGGCAAAGGCCGAGAUGAACAGCCCAAAAUGCAACCAAGGGAGAGGCUCGUUCGAGUGCGGGGUGUGUAUCUGCAGCCCGGGGUACGUGGGGCCCCGCUGCGAAUGUGACGAGAGCUCCCUGGGCACCAGCUCCUGCAAGGGCUCGGCUGAGCAGAGCCAGAGCUCCUGCGGUGGGAGAGGCGACUGCUACUGUGGGCGCUGCGUCUGCCACCCGUCCCCCUAUGGCAAAGUGUACGGGCCACGCUGCGAGUGUGACGACUUCUCCUGCGUCAGACACAGAGGGCUCCAGUGUAGCGGCAAUGGUGACUGUGAUUGUGGGGAAUGCAUCUGCCACAGUGGAUGGACUGGUGAAUACUGUAAUUGCACAACAGACACCAGCGCCUGCAUUGCUGAGGAUGGGACACUGUGCAGUGGGAGAGGCGAAUGCAUCUGUGGGUCCUGUACUUGCACCCAUCCAGGGGCUUCAGGCCAAACAUGUGAAAAAUGCCCUCUCUGUGGUGACCCCUGCAGUUCCAGGAGGAGCUGUGUGGAGUGUCACUUGGCUUCUGAUGACAAGUCACCGAGAGAAUGCAGUGAAAAAUGCAAAUUGGUUGAUGCAACUGUCAGCACUGCAGAGGCUUAUGCAGAGGAUAAAUCCAUUCCCUGCUCUUUGCAGGGGGAAAAUGAAUGUAUAACCACAUUUCUACUGGCUAUGGAUGAACAGGGAAGGACAAUCAUUCAUAGCAUAGAACAGAAAGAUUGCCCACAGCUUCCAAAUAUCCCAAUGAUAAUGGUGGGUGUCACCCUUGCUAUCCUUCUCAUUGGCAUUGUUUUACUUUGUAUUUGGAAAUUACUGGUGUCAGUUCAAGACCGAAAAGAGGUGGCCAAGUUUGAAGCAGAAAAGUCAAAAGUUAAAUGGCAAACGGAAACAAAUCCACUGUACAGAGGCUCAACAACCACUUUUAAAAAUGUAACUUACAAGAAUCAAGAAAAGCAAAAUGGGACCAUGGCUGCAGAUUUCUAUUAACACAUCUGACACUACAAACUUAAUUUUACUGGCAGCAGGAAAUCUGAAACCACUUGUUUCUUCUCAGCUAAUUUUGUGACAUUUGUUUGCACAUUGCAGUGGUAUAAUCAUUCUGUUAGGGAAAAUAUAUCUUGUGUUGGAAAAACUAUAGAAAACAUGUUAGUGGUAAAGUUUAGUAGUUUUUAAAAAAUCCUUUAAUAUUAAAGCCCCUCAUCUUGAAAAAUAUUUUUUAUUUUCUAAUACUAAGGAUUAAAAAAUACCAUAUGUAAGCCUAUUUUUUGUGAAAAUAGGUAUAUGCAAUGAGCUGUAUACUACUUUGUUCAUGCAAUUCUAUGUAUUUGUGUUUAGGAAUGUAUUUGUACCAGUCUAUUUGGUGGGCUUUUUUAAAUUUUAAAUGACAAGUUUUCAUGAAUGCUGCUUAAACUACUGAGGUUAGAGGUUCCUCGUGUUACCUGUGUGACUGAAUAGUUUUUCUUAAAUUGUAAUGCCAUUAUCAUUUGUAGCACUAGGAAAAAAAAAAAAAAAAGCCUCAGCAAAAUCAGCUAACAUGCUGGCAUAAAAAAUUACAACAUUACAACAUUAAUAUCACUUUUCCUCUGCAUUUUUUAGUACUCUGGAAUAGAUGGUCAAAAUGUACCUAUGAAUGUACUUACAAAAGGAGACUUAGAAAUCAAAGGUCACAGUCACAGACAAUUACAUACAUUCCCUAUGGUAAAUUGUAUACUUGAUCUAAAACACUCAUUGUCUGCUUUGUAAAUAUUUAUUACAAAGUCUGUGCAACUUCAGUCUCUGCAACCUCUACAACUCCUGGAUGUGAGACUGAUAUAUUAGCUCGUUCUAACCCACGCCUGUUUUAGGGCCUGGUCCAGAGCCUGCUGGAAUCACUGGCUACAGAUGAGGAUUUAGUUUCACUGGAACUAUUUGUUUAAACAAAACAAUCUUUGUAAACCAAAACUAACUGGUUAACACUGUCUGUUAGUGGUUUAGAGCCUAUAGUAUAUAUUUCUGUACAAAGAGAAAUAAACAGUAUCACAUGCCUUUGGAAAGAAGGAAAUACUAUAACCACGUAUUAAACACAAAGUUAUUGCAGUGUGAAGGAAACGCUGGUUGUCAUUAAACCGGAACAGUCUGAUUACAGGUUCACAUCUGUACGCUUCAGUAUUCCUGCAUAUCUCAUAGUGGAAACAGUGCACAAAGGCUUAUGUGUGCAGCCCUUCCAGCCGCUAGACUCUCACAGAUGUCAGUGCAAGUUACACAUGGGACUAAAUCCUGCUUCCCUGGCACAUGAAUAAACCCACAGGAGGCAAAGCUGGCCCCUGGAUUCUCUCUCUGGUUCCACUUGGGUCAGGAUUGCCUGAGGGACUAGGGAAAUCUGGACUUAGUCCAUGUAAAUUAUCUGUUACUGUUUAGUUUUUCAUGUAGAAGUCAUCAAAUGAGAAACCUUCUCUGAAAGAAAUGAAAAUAUUUGUAUUACUUUUAAAGUAGUAAGAAAUCUACUCUGUUUAUUAAAUACCUUUUAACUUCUUUUUCUGAGAUGGCUGAUUUUGCUGCUCAAUACUAGGGUUGAAAGCCUUUCUUCGGUAGGUCGCCCAUUUCAAUAUUGAAAUACCUUUCUGUAUUUAAGCAUUACUAGCAAAGUGGUGUUCGCAUUUCAUAUCAAGCAAUUGGUGGUCUACGUUCCUUGCUCCUACAGGAGAUUUCAUUUCACAAAUCUACCUGUUCUCUUCCCAUCAUCCUCUUCUGCUCAUCAGCAAAGAUCCAAUUAGGAAGGCAGGCGAUGUUUACAGUCCAAUGACUCCUAGUAAUCUCUCUCCAAAUUAUCAAAGAUAUACAGAAAUCAGGCAGGAUGUUUUGCAAUUUCCUUGCUGUGACUGACUGUGCUGUAAAUGCUCUAUGCAUCUUCAACAUCGUCAGGUUGGAAAUCACUCAGAUAAUUAAGAAUCCAUCACAAGAGAGAAAAUAGAAGGACUUGGUGAGGAAGGUCUCUGUUAUUGAGGAAUAUCCAAGAACUAGGCUCAUUCACAUGAGCCGUUCUUUUAACAGCAUGAAUUUAGAUUAUAAAUUUUGACUGAAGUCCCAGAUUUCAAGAACUUUCAAGAUCUUACUUGGCAUUCACCCUAGAAAUAAGAGUGGUGUUCAUCUUGUUUUUUAUUAACUGUAUUAUUUUUAUCUUGUAGCAUUUGUACCAAAGUUCAUGUUUUUCUUCUUCUUCUUUUUUUUUUUUCUUCACCAAAUUAUGAGUGGUUUUAUUUGUGGUGAAUAGGAUGAGAAAGUCUUUCUGCUCUCCUCAUGAACACUGUUUUGGCCUGAGGCUGGACCUUGAGAGUGGCCAAAACAUUUUUAAUAAUAAUGCUUCUGUUCACUGAAGACCUAAACUAAAUAAAAGAAUAAUCAUUAGCAAAUUCAUGGUAUUUGUGUACCUGUAGAACAGUAAUUUCAGUAGUGUAUGUUAAAUGGAUAAUUUUUCAUUUGAUUUAUAUAAGUUUCAUGUUAACCUGUAUUGUGUAUGUUCAGACUGCAUUCAGCUUUGUUUUAUAAUAUAACUAGUGGGUAAUGAGUCUGGGAUAGAAGGCUCAGAUGUCAAGUGCAAUUAUCUCCAUAUCUUGUCUACCAUUGUACAUAUACCCAAGUUUGUUUUGCACUGGGUGUAAGGGAAUUAUUACCCCAUAAAUCUUAUCACACGCAACCUGAAACCAAAAAAAAGAAAGGAUAAUUUUUAUCUGAGUCUUAUUUGACACAACUUGUUUCUCUAGAAACAGAUUUACUUAACUUUGAAUAAAAAUUGUAAUGUUGAAUGCA